CUCAACUCGGGUCAAAACGGGAAGUCGGAAUUUACGACAUCACGUGGGGGUAUACGCUAACAAAUUAGUCGAGAAGCUCAUUUUGCUGCUGGCUUCAAUUUACCUCCUCUUUUCGCAAUAUCAUACCUCCAUCGAUCUUUGUAUCUCCACUCCCAUCUUCAACGCUCUUCUUCAUCCGUAAAGAUGUUCAGGAGGUAUGUACCAAUAUUUAGAUUUUUUUAACCUCGUCGUAAUGGGUGGCCAUGGACCAAUUGAGCUGACUUUCAAACUUGGUACAGCGCCAUCCAAAACUCUGCUCUCCGGGCUUCCAGAAGCACCUUCAGACCAGCUUUAUCGACUGGUUUAAGAGCAGCUUCUGCUAGAUUUGCGAGUGACAGUGCCAUACAUGGCAAGAUCCAUCAAGUCAUUGGUGCCGUCGUUGAUGGUAAGUGGCAUGGAAAAUUCUUUCUCGGCAACGACGUCAAACUUCCGGAUUAAUGGAUUAUAUGGGGGACGAGCUUCAAAUACCCUGCAACUGCAUACUGACCACAUCUUAACAGUAAAAUUCGAUACCGAUAAGCUCCCACCCAUUCUCAACGCCCUCGAGACCGAUAACGGUGGUAACAAACUCAUCCUUGAGGUCGCAGUACGUCAACAAAACAAGGAAUCAUAAACAUCGAAUCCGGACUGACAAGGGUAACAGCAACAUUUGGGAGAGAAUGUCGUCAGAACCAUUGCUAUGGAUGGUAAGGAAACUCGGCCUUGACGAAUGCAAGUACAAAGAUUGACCCAAAGUGUUACAGGUACCGAAGGUUUGGUCCGUGGUCACCGAGCAACCGAUACUGGAUCUCCAAUCAUGGUACCAGUCGGUGUAGGAACCCUCGGUCGUAUCAUGAACGUUACUGGUGACCCAAUCGAUGAGCGUGGACCCAUCAAGACCGACAGGAGACUACCAAUUCACGCCGACGCCCCACCUUUCACUGAACAAUCUACCACUGCUGAAGUUUUGGUCACUGGUAUUAAGGUCGUCGACUUGCUCGCUCCUUACGCCCGUGGUGGAAAGAUUGGUCUCUUCGGAGGAGCUGGUGUUGGAAAGACUGUGUUCAUUCAAGAGUUGAUCAACAACAUUGCCAAGGCACACGGUGGUUACUCUGUUUUCACUGGUGUAGGUGAACGUACACGUGAGGGUAACGAUUUGUAUCACGAGAUGCAAGAGACAUCAGUCAUUCAACUUGAUGGAGACUCCAAGGUCGCCUUGGUCUUCGGUCAAAUGAACGAACCUCCCGGAGCCCGUGCCCGUGUUGCUCUUACUGGGGUUAGUAAUCUUUCCUUACAAUUUCAAUUUACAACCUCCCACCCCCCGCUUUUCCUUCCUACAACACAAUUCACAACAUUUGUUUCACAUUAGCUGGAUAGACGUAUAUAGUUUACUAACGAUUUAUUAAAGUUAACGGUAGCCGAAGACUUUCGAGAGCAAGGACAAGAUGGUAAGAUUCCUACACUCCAAAAAACUCGAUAUAUACUAAUUUUGACAUAGUUUUGCUCUUCAUUGAUAACAUUUUCAGAUUCACCCAAGCUGGUUCUGAGGUGUCUGCUCUUCUCGGUCGUAUCCCAUCUGCUGUAGGUUACCAACCUACUCUCGCCGUCGACAUGGGUGCUAUGCAAGAACGUAUCACAACCACCACCAAGGGUUCCAUUACCUCCGUUCAAGCUGUUUACGUACCAGCUGAUGAUUUGACUGAUCCUGCCCCUGCUACCACGUUCGCCCAUUUGGACGCCACCACUGUCUUGUCCCGUGGUAUCUCUGAGUUGGGUAUUUACCCAGCUGUCGAUCCUCUUGACUCUAAAUCCCGUAUGUUGGAUCCCCGUGUUGUGGGACAAGAUCACUACGAUACCGCCACCCGUGUUCAACAAAUGCUGCAAGAGUACAAAUCCCUCCAAGAUAUCAUUGCCAUUCUUGGUAUGGAUGAAUUGUCAGAAGCUGAUAAGUUGACUGUCGAGCGUGCCCGUAAAUUGCAAAGAUUCUUGUCUCAACCAUUCACUGUCGCACACGUUUUCACCGGUAUUGAGGGUGUUCUCGUUGACUUGAAGAGUACAAUCUCCAGUUUCAAGGCUAUCAUGAACGGAGAGGGCGAUGAUUUACCAGAAGGUGCUUUCUAUAUGGUCGGUGACUUUGCAUCAGCACGUGCAAAGGGAGAGAAGAUUCUUGCAGAAUUGUAAGUCAUUACUAAUUUAAUAUCUGCAUGUAAUGACAAAACUAUGCUAACAUGAGUGACUUUACAGGGAGAAAGAAUAGACGAGAUGAUAGAUAGGGGAUGAUGUGUAUAAUUCCAGACGGAUGAGAGACGAAGAUGAAUGAAAAAGGGGACGGGUAAGAAGCGUUGGAGCUUGGGCUGUGUACAGACUUGAGAAGGUCCGAGACAGAAAAGAAAUCCUCUGAUUAUCGCAUCUUUUUUUAAAAGCUAAGCCUUGUAACAACUCGCCAACAAUUUUCUUUUUUGAUGUUAAAUGAUUCGAUGUAUGCCUAUCUACUUUCCGAAGGAUAUCUA